CGGAGUAAGAACAUUAUUGGGGUAGCUAGUCCUUGUUCUGAUGUUGAAACCUCUCUCAGUCUCUCCGUGCUGUGUUCUUUUCAUUUGGUGACUGUUGGAAUAGUUAAUCUACGGUACCACUACUGCAUUGUUUGAAACGAGGGGUCAGGGGUGAAAGUCACAAGUCAAGGAAAGCUUUUUAGCCUCCUCCAUGAACCACAACACUUGAAUUGACUGCUUUUUCUCUCAAGAACAAGACCCCCACCCCCACCCCGUCCUCCCUGUUCUGCUUCUUCUUCUUGAAGAUGCCAAGACCCGGCCCGAGACCCUAUGAGUGUGUGAGAAGAGCUUGGCACAGUGAUAGGCACAACCCCAUGAGAGGCUCUCUAAUCCAAGAAAUUUUCAGGAUUGCCAAUGAGAGUCAUCGCCCUGAAACCAAGAAGAACAAGGAGUGGCAAGAGAAGCUCCCUAUUGUUGUCUUGAAAGCUGAGGAGAUUAUGUACUUCAAAGCCAAUUCUGAGGCUGAGUAUGUAGAUCUCAAAACUCUUUGGGAGCGUGUUAAUGAUGCCAUUGACACUAUAAUAAGAAGAGAUGAGAGCACUGAGACUGGGGAGCUUUUACAGCCUUGUAUUGAAGCUGCUUUGCAUUUGGGCUGCAAACCAAGAAGAGCAACAAGGAGCCAACGAAACAAUUCGGGCAUGUGUUACCUCAGUUCUCGGGACUCGGAUGCUCCCUCCAGUUCUCCAAUUACCUUACGUGACCAAAUUCAUGGAAACUCCAAUCCAUGUCGUCCAUUUGUGCCCCCAAACUUUAGUUUUAUCUCCCCAAACACUUCAUCUUUCCAUGCCUUUGAAACUGACAGUAGCAUGAGAUUUCCUUUCUUACCUGAAAAUUAUGUUAACCGAAGAUUGCCAUCAUCCCCAGAUUCCCAUUCUGUUUAUCCCUUGUAUUUCGGCUCUGAGUUUCAAUCCAAUUGCCCCAAAUAUGAUAGAGAAUGCGUUUGGAAUAACAUUUCCGCGCAGAACAUGGAUGCUUGUAACUCUCCAAGUAAUAAUAAUUCCAUUGCAUGUUGUUCAAAUGUUCCCUUCAACCAACCUGGACCUGAAUGUGACUUAUCCUUGCGGUUAGGCCCUGCGGCCCCACCUCCACGUUCGGAUCGUCUGGCAAGCUCUCAAUCUCGAGAUAAAGGUGUAGAAGAGGUUUUGAAAUGGCAGAAGGUUGGAAUUAGCCAUUUAUAUGAGGAGAGACCAUUUUAUCCCCCCAUGAACCUACAACUUAACUCCUUUGUUGGGAAUAUGAGUAAUGCAGGGCCUUAAGUUUACUUCUUAGCCUUUCAGGCUUUGUGGCCUUGUCAUUUUGGUUUUUACUUAAUGAGUUGUAACCUUACAUGUUGCAAAGCAAGAAUUGAAUGUGUAUAUAUAUGGGAUGAAUUAUGAUCUCAUUAAUCUAUGAAGUUUAGGUUUUGUUGAUGAUGCUGGUUUUUACUUUAAACGUGUACUUCCCCUCCUGAAAAUAUUGUUUAACCAAUGUGUUGUGUCCAUUUUCAGUUUUGUAAAGCUACAAUGAUCAAAAGUUACAAAAUCAUACCUAGUA